AUGCGAUGGCCACCAUGGAGCUCCAAGUCGGACAAUGACAAUCAACAGAACCAGGAUCCCAGCUCCUCCGUCUUUCCUCGCCCCACAUCCACAACAAACAAACCCAGUUCCCUUGUCGACUGGACCGCUUUCAUAGAAACUAGAACUCUUGUUCCGACAAUUCUCUUGACGAGCGGUAUUCUCUUUGGUAUCCGAUUCCACCGCCGAUACCUUCGCCGUAUUCCCGAUGCGCCUAGUAUCUCGCCCUCUUUUCUUCGACGCCGCUCAGUGUUCGGCCAAGUGACGAGCGUGGGUGAUGGUGACAAUUUCAGACUUUUCCAUACACCAGGCGGUAGACUUGCGGGAUGGGAGUGGUUGCCAUGGAAGAAGGUUCCUACAAACAAGAAGGACCUCAAAGAUAAUACCGUUCGUCGCACUCGUCAGCGCUCUCUUUUUCCACGUGGUCCACGCGAACUGUUUCUAUUCAUCGUUGAUCCAGCUAACAAGUCGCCCACUGCGCUUCAGAUCCAUAUCCGCCUUGCUGGCGUGGAUGCACCUGAGCUCGCUCACUUCGGUCGCCCUGAACAACCCUUUGCCCGCGAAGCCCACGCGUGGCUUACCGGCUACCUUCUCAACCGUCGCAUACGUGCAUUCGUCUACCGACAGGACCAAUACAAUCGCGUUGUAGCAAGCGUAUUCGUUCGAAGGGGUUUUGACUUCCCCCAUUUCGUCGGAGGGACGUCUCGUACGAAAUGUUGA